AUGUAUACACCAUAUGGAAAUGCUGCUAAUAUGCAGCAGCAACAGCAACAGUUCCAGCAACAGAACUUACAGCAUCCUCAACCUCAGCAUCCAUCAUUCCAACAACCACAACAACAUGCGCAGUACGGUAAUAUGGGCCAGCAACCGCAAACACAACAAUCUGGACCAUAUGCUAACUUUUUCCAGGAUCCAGCAACAUCAAUGGCAGCUCAGUUAGCGAAAAAUAGUAUUGGAUCGUCAAAUCAAUAUUUACAACAAAAUUUUGGUUCAAUUAUAUCAGGAACAGGUGACCUUAACUAUUAUUUCAGAGUCAGCAACUCGUAUGUUUUUAAUAAGAUAUUGUUAAUAUUAUUUCCAUAUAGAAAUAAAAACUGGACAAGAUUCACUGCUGAAAACCCAGGCACUUCAGGGAGUACUGCAAGCGUUACAUUUGCUCCGCCAAGUCAAGACAUAAAUGCACCAGAUCUAUACAUCCCAUUAAUGUCCUUCAUAACAUACAUCUUGUUGUGGGCGGUGUUUCAAGGAUUGAAAGGUGAUUUCCAUCCACAAUUAUUCGGAUAUUUGGCAUCACAAACGUUAGCUUGUUCUUUUCUAGACAUUUUGAUAUUUAAGGUUGGUCUUUACUUGUUGAAUUGUUCUACUCAAAGCUCGUUAUGGGAUUUAAUCAGUUUUAGUGGCUACAAGUAUGUGACGAUUAUUACUUUACUCUGCUGGAAACAUUUAAUUGGUGGUGGAUGGAUGGUGUACUACGGAGUGGUUGUGAUCUUUACUACGAGUUUAGCAUUGUUCCUAAUGAGAUCGUUGAAAUUUUUGGUUUUACCUACCGCAAAUUCUGCUGCUGGUAGUUCCGCUAGCAAUAGUAUAUCUAGCAAACAGAGAAAGAUAAGAAUUCAAUUUUUAUUUGUUUAUGCUGUUGUUUUCCAAUUUCUCAUAGUUCUUUUUAUGAGUAGAUAA